AUGCUUUUGCGGAGCAGAUUCCUGCCACGUUCCUUGCGUGAUAUGGGCUGCUUUUUGAUGAUAAUUUGUAUUUGGCGCUACUGCUCGGAUUGCGGAAUGCUGGCUCCACCACGUUCUUGGCAUUGCAGCAUUUGUGAUACUUGCAUUGUCAAAAGAGAUCACCACUGUGGCUUUACAGAAUCACGCAUUGGCCAUAACAACCACUGAUACUUUGUAUUCUUCCCUUUACACCUUGCAAUUGCCGUUUAUUCAAAGUGA